GUCUUCUCCAGAAGUUCAACGAACGCACUCGGAUAAACCCAUGUUUGAAUUCUCUCUCUAGAGUCUCUGUGAGAGUUUGGGUUUUUGAGAGAUAGAGAGAUAGAGGGAAUGGCCUUGCUACUGAGGCGCGCCUCGUUCAUGAGAGAUAGAGCAGAGAUUGCAAAAAGAAUCAGAGACAUAUGCGCUGGUGAAGCGCUUGAGAUAUGGAGCCAUGUUGUUACAGAGAGGCCCCUUUUACCAUUACUGAUUCCUCUGGUUCUCUUGGCUUGGGCACUGGAGCGAUGGCUUGUGCCAUUCUCGAAUUGGGCUCCUCUUCUGGUCACUGUUUGGGCAACAAUUCAGUAUGGAAGAUAUCAGCGCGAGCGACUUGUAGAUGACCUGAACAAGAAGUGGAAGCGUCACAUAUUAAACACAUUGCCUUUUACACCAUUAGAGCCAUGUGAGUGGUUGAACAAGCUUUUGAUGGAGGUCUGGCCUAACUUUCUUGAUCCAAAACUCUCGAAAAGGUUCUCAUCUAUUGUGGAGAAACGUCUGAAAUUGCGGAAACCAAAGCUAAUUCAAAAACUUGAUUUACAGGAGUUCUCACUAGGGUCGUGCCCACCCAUCAUAGGGUCACAAGGUACAUACUGGUCAACUACUGGCGACCAGCGUAUAAUGCACACGGGUUUUGAUUGGGACACAGAUGACGUGAACAUAAUGUUCUCUGCAAAAUUGGCGAAACCAUUGCUUGGAACUGCUCGGAUUGUCAUCAACAGUUUGCAUAUAAAGGGUGAUCUACGCCUUGCACCAAUUCUCGAUGGACAAGCUGUGUUGUAUUCAUUUGCUACAACACCUGAUGUGAGGAUUGGUGUUGUCUUUGGAAGUGGUGGGAGCCAAUCUCUUCCCGCAACAGAAUUUCCUGGCGUGUCGUCAUGGCUGGUCAAGGUUUUCACAGACACCUUAGUUAAAACAAUGGUUGAGCCUCGUAGGAGAUGUUUUUCAUUACCAUCGGUUGAUCUAAGGAAAAAGGCCGUUGCAGGUCUCCUUUCUGUUACAGUUGUUAAGGCUAGUAGACUGGUCAGAGGGGGCGUAAAAAGUGGUCUCUGUGAAAAACGGCCGAACUCCCUAGGAAACCAUCAAUCAUCAGGAAAUGGAGUUGAUAAAAUUCUGCAAACUUUUGUAGAAGUAGAGCUUGGAGGUCUUACUCGGAGGACAAAUGUGAGGCAGGGUUCAAGCCCUGAAUGGAAUGCUACUUUUAACAUGGUCUUACAUGAUGAAGCUGGAGCUGUGGUGUUCCAUCUCUAUGAAUGGAGUGCCGGCAAUGUGAAGUAUGACUACUUAUCCAGCUGUGAAAUAAAGAUGAAAUAUGUUGCAGAUGAUUCUACAACAUUUUGGGCAAUUGGACCUGGAUCUAGUGUAGUGGCGAAGCAUGCUGAAUAUUGUGGGAAAGAGGUUGAAAUGGUUGUUCCCUUUGAGGGAACUGAUUCAGGGGAGAUAACUGUAAGGUUCGUAUUGAACGAAUGGCAAUUCGCUGAUGCCAUGAAGAGCCUGAAUGGUUCCUCCAAUUUUAGUUCUCAAUCUACAUAUGGUUCACAAUAUUUUCAACCGACAGGAAGGAAUCUCAUUGUUACUGUUGUCGAAGGCAGGGAUCUAACAGGAAAAGACAAGUCGGGAAAGAGUGAACCUUAUGUGAAAUUGCAGUAUGGGAAGGUUUUGUCAAAAACGAGGACAGUCUCACAUGGUUCAUAUCCAGUGUGGAACCAGAAAUUUGAAUUUGAUGAAAUAGGUGAUGGUGAAUAUCUCAAAGUAAAGUGCUACAAUUCCGAUAUUUUUGGAGAUGUUGGCAUAGGAAGUGCGAGAGUGAACCUAGAAGGACUGGUUGAAGGUUCCGUUAGGGAUAUUUGGGUUCCUCUUGAGAAAGCGAAUACGGGAGAGUUGAGACUGCAAAUUGAAGCAUCUGUUUUUGAAUACAAUGAUAGUCAGAAGGGUACUACUGGAUCAGUGAGUGGUUGGAUUGAGCUUGUUCUCAUUGAAGCAAGAGACAUGAUUGCCGCUGAUUGGAGGGGAACCAGUGAUCCUUAUGUGAGGGUGCAGUAUGGAAACAUCAAGAAAAGAACAAAGGUUGUACAAAAGACACUCAAUCCUCAAUGGAACCAAAUAUUAGAGUUCCCAGACAACGGCAGCCCCUUAAUUUUGCAUGUCAAGGACCACAAUGCCGUGUUACCCACUUCAAGCAUUGGAGAGUGUGUGGUGGAGUAUGAGAGGUUGCCCCCCAACCAAACGUCAGACAAAUGGAUACCCCUCCAAGGAGUGAAGCAUGGGGAGAUUCACGUCCAAAUAACACGCAAGGUGCCUGAGAUCCUGAAGAGCAACAGUUUAAACCCCGAAAUGUCAGUGCUCAGUAAAGCGCGCCUAGUGUGUCGACAGAUGCGACAUAUGUUAGGGAAGUGUGAGGGCUUGGCAGAUGACGGUGAUCUUGAAGGCCUGUCAAUAGCCUUGAAUGAGAUGGCAAGUGCCCAUGAAGAGCAAGAGGCCUACAUCUCUCAGCUUGAGAGAGAGAAAACCAUGCUGCUCUCUAAGAUAAAUGAGUUUGAUCAAGCCUUUAAUAGGCUGCGAUGACUCCCUCUCUUGCAACAGCUAAAAUGUAUACUAUGUAACAAUAGCAUUGACUCACAUAUAUAUUAAUUUGUAACUCCAUUGAUUGUAUUGAAAGAAUCUGUAACAUAAAAUGAGUUUGUUCAAACUCAAAAGAAAGAUAUGAAUUCAAAUGGAAAUAUUUUUUUAUUAUUGAA